AUGUCUCCAACGCCCACCACACAAGCGACUGAAGAAGAGAUAUUACUCAGAGUGUUUCAAGCCGCAACCCGGACGGCUCAACACGUCAUCGUGAUUGCUGGUGCUGGGCUGUCUGCCGCUUCAGAUGGAGGAGGACUAUGGAGAUCCCUGGAUGCGACAAGUUUGGCCACACCAAGUGCAUCUGCCACAAACCCUUCCCUUGUGUGGCAAUUUUAUCACUACCGUCGAGUCAAAGCUUUCGAGACGCGUCCAAACAAAGCACACAACCUCCUAGCCAAGCUUUCAGUCCCAAGCUUUCUAAAAACCGUGGCCCCAGCUGCUAAAACGUACCACCUCAUCACUCAGAACGUCGACGGGCUGUCAACGACUGCUCUUCAGAUGCACGGUAGAAUUUUCAAUGUCAAAUGCACCGAGUGCGAUUAUUGCGCAAAGGACCUUUCCAACCCUCUUUGUCCUUCUCUAGACGUCUCAAACAUCGGAAGCUAUCACGAUGCAGGCUCGAAAGAAGUUGAUAUUCCCGAAUCAUAA